AUCCAACGAGUCCAGCAUGGAUGUUAGGUUCCGAUCCCCACCCACGCUGGGAUUCUCUGGUCGAAAAUGACAUAUCUUGAGUCGGAAUGCCAGGUUGGGAGGCAGGAGGACUCACUUUUGAUCCCGUAUACGACGAUCAGUAGUGCCAGUGCUGCUUCGUCGCACACCAGCCGCCAGUCUGCGAGUCUAUCAAGGGUCAAGACCACAGCGUGGUUUCAGGCAUGCUCUGGCGCGGGGCGUAGCUGAUGGACAGUCUACAGGAUCCCUGCUCCACUGGGCAAUCGGAGUGCUG